AUGGCCUCUCUCCCACCACAGUACGAAAUUCGCGUUCUUGAGCCAGAGCAUGAGGAAUGGGCCCGAGCAAUUUGCAUUCACACAAAUAUCUUCCAUUCCGUGCUCUGGCCAGUUGUCUACCCCGAGAACAAAACCCACCGGGCCUAUCAGACUUUCCGGGAUUCGCACUAUUUAAUCAAACACCAGAUCGAUUCCGGGAAGUCACUCGGUAUCUUCGACAAAGAAUACCAGUACAAGCGGCCCGAGUCUGCAGCUACAGGGGGCAAGCUGUACUGGAACCUGGAUGAUGAGAAUGCCACCGAAAGCGAGCUUGCGGAGCAAAUGGACUUCCCUCUAGUUUCCAUUGCCAUGGCCUACGACGGCAUCGACGAGCUGGACAUGGCUCAGAUACAUCCUCUGAUAGAAGCACUGCCCUUGUUUGGAACAGUCUACCAUGCCCUCGAGGAGCGAGACCCACGCGAUCCGAAGUCGUGGAAGCCCACGGUCCGUGGUCAAGUGCUGAUGCGCAACGCCACCAACACCGUUCAGGCUUAUUCCGGCCAUGGACUUAUGAGGCUGCUGGCUGAAGAGAUGAUGAGGCGUUCCGCAGCUGAAGGAUAUCGGGGUAUUCAAAUCGAGAGUAUUUCUGAGGCUGUGCAGAAGGUGUGGUCGAAACCGCCGGCACCCUUCAAGGGGACUAUCGUCUCGCAGAUUCAUACGACAACAUUCGAAGAGAAAGAUGAGCAAGGGGAGGUUUCGUAUCCGUUGCGACCGGCGAAUGUGCACAUUUCCAAGAUUUGGGUUGACCUCCGGGCUUCAGAUUGA